CGGUUUGACGCGACUGCGCUUGCUCAGACAUAUACCUGGAAACCUCCAACAUGGCGGCGAGAGGCCAUGUGCAAGAUCCUAAUGACCGAAGACUCAGACCCAUUUACGACUACCUGGACAAUGGCAACAACAAGAUGGCAAUCCAGCAGGCUGACAAACUGCUGAAGAAACACAAGGACCUGCACUGUGCCAAGGUGUUGAAGGCGAUAGGUAUGCAGCGAACAGGGAAGCAAGAUGAGGCGUUUAACCUGGCCCAGGAGGUGGCCACCCUGGAGCCUACUGAUGACAACUCUCUACAGGCUCUAACUAUUCUGUACCGAGAGAUGCACCGCCCUGAGUUGGUGACUAAGCUGUAUGAAGCUGCCGUCAGGAAGGUUCCUCUCAGUGAGGAGUAUCACUCUCAUCUGUUCAUGGCCUACGCCCGUGUUGGAGAUUACAAGAAGAUGCAGCAGGCAGGGAUGGCGUUGUAUAAGAUCGUUCCUAAAAACCCCUACUACUUCUGGUCUGUCAUGAGUCUGGUCAUGCAGGCCAUCUCGGCACAGGAUGAGAAGCUUGCCCAGACCAUGUUCCUGCCCCUGGCUGAACGCAUGGUGGAAAAGAUGGUCAAGGAGGAGAAAAUUGAGGCGGAGGCUGAGGUGCAGCUGUAUUUUAUGAUCCUGGAAAGACUGGGGAAGUGUGUUGAGGCUCUCAACAUGGUCCGUGGUCCUCUGGGAGAGAAGUUGACCAGUGAGUUGCAGAGCAGGGAGAACAAGUGUAUGAUGAUGUACCAACGAUUACAGCUAUGGCCUGAAUGCAACGCUCUGUCUUACAAGCUUCUGCUCAAAAAUCCUGAUGAUUGGCAGUUCUAUCUUUCCUAUUUUGACUCUCUCUUCCAUCUGAUGGACAUGUCCUGGAGCCCAUCAGAGGAAGGACAGCACUGUGUGGAGGGUCAUGUGACAACCACAGUGGCGGAGGCGGUGAAGUUUGUAGUGGACAGGAUGGCGGAGGAGGACAAGAAGGACUCUCGUCCGCUUAGAGGACCGUACAUGGCUUGUCUAGAACUCAUCCACAGACUCCGACAGAGAGGCUGCCCUGAUGACAAAGAGCUAGGUGAUCCAUUGGAACUGAUGGUUCAGUUCUUCGGGAAGUUCGGUGACAAACCGUGUUGCAUUACUGACCUGAAGAUAUAUCUACACCUGUUGCCCCCUGAGCAACACACACAGUUCAGAAACCGUCUCGAGGAGUUGGUUCCGUUGGGGGAAGCGGGGGAGGACGGCUUCCGGUUUCCCGGGGACACCAAGGCAUUGCAGAGACACCUGUGUGUGUGUCAGCUGAGCCGGGCACUGGGGCUGCAGCACGCCCUGGACACCGAAGGCAAACUGAGCCUCAUCGCCCAACUCAAAGCCCACUACCACCACGGACUGCGCUUUCGAAAGUCGUGUCUAAAAACAGAGCUCCAGUUCUCUGAUAUGUACUGUCUCAUGGCUGCUCACGUCUACAUUGACCUCUGGACGGAAAAUGGUGAUGAGAACAUGCUCUGGCAGUGUCUAGGAUUAUUAGAGGAGGGUUUGUCCUUCAGUCCCUCCAACGCCCAGUUCAAACUGCUCCUGCUGCUGCUCUUCUGCCGCCUGGGAGCCUUCCAGCCUGUGGUGGACCUGUACUCCAGCCUGGAUGCCAAGCAUGUCCAGCACGACACCAUUGGGUAUCUGUUAACUCGUUACGCCGGCUCGUUGGGCCAGUUUGCUGCAGCCUCCCAGUCCUGCAACUUCUCCCUCAGGUUUUUCCACUCCAACCAGAAAGAUACCUCAGAGUACAUCAUCCAGGCCUAUAAGUAUGGUGCUUUUGAGAAGAUCCCAGAAUUCAUAGCGUUUAGGACCCGGCUUAACCAGUCGCUGCACUUUGCUCAGGUCCGCACAGAAAGGAUGUUACUGGACCUGUACACCGAAGCUGACAUUACAUUGAGCCUGGAGGAGAGUGUGAAGGCCAUGGGUGUGUGUGCUGAGGAGGAGGACAUUCCCUGGGACAACAUGAGGGAUAACCGAGACCUGACUGUCCUCGUCAGCUGGGACCCCAAGGAUAGGGAGCUGACGGAGGAGCAUCGUCGCCUAUCUCUAGAAGAAGAGUCGGUCUGGUUGAAGGUUCGAUCUCUGACGCUCCGCCUCCUCGCUUCAUUGGCUCUGCUCGGACACGCUCCCUCACCACGAAACUCAGAUAAGACCAAUGAGAAUGGUGUGACGACCAAAAGCUCCACCCUCCAGAACCUCCUGUCCCAGCUAGACCAAACGCUACAGACGGCAGCCCGGAUUACAGAGAAACAGACAAAGUACCCGUUCCUGGGCCCUCCCUCGUCCCGCCUGGCCUCCGCUCUGUCUAGUGGCAGCUGUCACUGUCAGGCCUCUGCUCUGCGUCUGUCACUGACUCUACAAGAACUAGAGACCGCUGGACUGGAUGACUCGUCGGAACUCCAAAGCCAGAUCUGUAACACCUUUAAAUCCAUAGUAGUACAACUGCAGGAGAUGCUGUCUCGAUGUAAAGGGGAAGUGUUGGAGAUGAAAGACAGGCGACUGAAGACCCAACCCUCCUUACUAGAAACGCUAGUCUUUUUCCUUGAGACGGUGUGUGUGGUACUCUGGGUGGCCAGUUACUCAGCCAACGUCUUGCGGCCACUCAAGUCCAGCCUACAGAAGAAGAAGAAAAAGAAGAAAGACACCUGCACGGCUAUGCCAGUGGUUCUGUGUGGCUUCCAGGAAUGGACUAGCGGUCUGCAGGGUGUUGUGACCCAGGCUCUGGACCACGUGAAGGCCCAGGAAGCACAGCUGACAACCCUCAAACUAGCAGCCCUCACCUUAGAGGAAGGAGACCAGCAGACACAGGAGGAGUGUGGGUUCACCCGGGUUGCCAUGGACAAGGUUCAGAGUAGUUACCUUGGCUCGCUGCAGGAGCUGGGAGACCUACUAAGGAAGAGAGCAGAUUCGCUGAAGAGCCUCAAGAUAUGACCCGUAACACUCGGCCAUCGUCAUGCCUGACCACCACCAUUAUACUGUCAAUCAUCUUAUUUCACGCCCACCUCAAGCCUCCCCCAUUCCACUUGAAGGAGAGUUGCCUGCCACCAACACACCCUUGCUUUUACAUCUUUCCCUUCUCUCUCCCAUUUCUCUCUCCCUUACUUUUCCUGGGUUUCUCUUUCUAUAAUAACACAGGAUUCUCUGUCUCCCAUUUUUCACCCUGUGAAGCAUUAUUACUCUCAAUGCAGAACCACACAUCUCCAUCAUAUUGUGAUAACAUCACAGGAAAGCUCCAACAUACUAGAGCCAUAAGCAAUUUUAGAUGAACUACUCCAAUAAAUGAUUGUACAUAGUCUGAAGACAACAGAAUAUCAAAUAUCACAUCAACUCCUUGACGGAUCCUGAAUGAGCCACUUUUCCCCAUUAGUUACCAAUGGACUCCUCACUUCCCCAAACUGAUCGCGAAGCCCAAGUCUGGACACUGCGAAUAUGCCUCACUUACUGUAUUAAAGUUAGGACUGCUGGACUGAGAUGGUUAGCUGUUCCAACAUGCAAGGAACGCCUGAAACCAUGUCAACGGUUUGUUUCAAGAAUGCACAACGCUGUAAUGCUGAAGAAGGCUGCUGUAAGUUCAGACCUUUCCGUCAGCUACCCAAGAAACCAUGUGACUGCGCUCCUCUCUGAGCAGCCAAUGGCUGAAGGAGUCAAUGAAGAGUUGGGGAGAACGGAAGACUGCCUGGAUGGUCCUCCUCGUUGAUCUGCCCUCGGGCGUGGUGAACCCAUCACGCAACUCCCCCCAUCCCAUGCCUGCUUGAUUUCAGCCCUCAAUCCCAGACUCUGUUUUUACUUGUUCCUUUUUCUUUAUAAUUUCUCAGUUUGUCUUUCUGUUCAUUAGUUUGAAACCCUGUCUGUAGUUACUGGAAAGUACAAACUCAAAAACAAUAACAUUAGAAUACCUGAAAAUCUGAAAAUGCAUACAAUACUUGAAUGUAUUUCUAGAUUUUUUUUUUUCUGGAUCUUUGUAAAGUAUGGGUGUCUCUGUGGUGUGCCUGGUGUAGUUACUGAGACAGUCAGUGGAUGGAUGGUUUUACCUUGGUAAGAAACCUGAGAAAUCUACAACCUACUGUUAGUGUUGUAGCAGACAAUGGCUAAAAUCCAAAGAUUUCUAAAUUGUGAUGUAGACAAAACAACGAAGUUGUCAGGUUCCAAGGAGAAUGGGAUGGGUGAUUAAGAAGUAAUUUGUUCUGGGAGAGACCUAGUAGCUCUGUCUUGUCUAUUCGGGGUGUCUGUAUUCUUUGGUCCUGUCUUGUCAACAGUUAAGGGAGCUGCUCUGAGUGCCCCAUAAUUCAUUUCACUAUCACAAUGUCUUAACUAAUCCAGUCACAUGUGUAUAAUUAUAUACCAAAAACAUGGACCAGUUGCCAUGUCAUUUUACAUCUGAUAACAUACAGGGAAGGGAGGCUAGUAUCAGACAGCAAUGUACAUUUAGUAGCAUUGUGGAAAGUUCCAGUAGACAUGCUUGUCUAAUGUACAGCAGGGUUAACUGACUCAACUAGAACUAUUUCAGCCAUCCAGAAGUGUUCAUCCUCUUUCUAAUAAUGGACAAAUUCAGAUCUGGGAAACCAGGUGUGAUGUUUACCACCAGGUACAAAAAGUCUCAGACCUCCAGGAACAGAGUUGAAUGGCACUGAUGUGAAGUGAUAUGAAUUGUGUGUUCUGUUCAAGACAUUUCUAUCUGCAGUGUGUUGCAGUGUUUUUAGUUCAUGACCAUGAACAAGUCUGCAGGGGCUGGUUUAAAUAUUUUAUGGCCAAAUUGUUGACUUAAAAUCAGGGCUCAUGGUAUAUAAAUAUUUCUAUACAAUGUGUCUUAACCCAGGUAGCAAACUAGAAUAAGCUACCCCUAAAGGCACCGAAUGGGCACGCAGAGGUUUAAGGUCACAGCCACCAGAGGGCACAAGAAUACCAUUCACUGCAUGCUGAACAAUACAAAUUGUUUUUUUCAGGUUGUAAGUUUAGUUUGUUUAGCUUUCCCUUUUCAGGCAAGACAUGGGCAAGAGGGGAGGAGCAGUUUGAUGAUCCUCCCACAGACACACACAACGCACCCCUCUAAAGAUGACCUAUGGACCAGCCCAAACCCCUGGGAAGAGCGGUGGACGGACCCAUCUACAAGUCAUGUCCUUGUUCAGAGAAGAAAGUGGUUGACAAUCUGGAGUGUCAUCUCAACCAGUCUCAUUCUUUUGGUAGAAAAUGGAAAACAAAACACUGGAAUGUCAAAGGAGUUUUUCUAAAUAAAAUAUAUCAAGGUU